AGGAAAUACAAGUAAAAACCAAUUGGAAUAAAAGUGAUUUUUACUACAUGUAAUAUUCUGAAUUUCAGAUGCAAUGACUUGUGUAAAAUGCCCUGAAGACCAGAAGUCUAAUAAGCAGAAGACUGACUGUGUUCCUAAAGCUCUUAAUUACCUUUCUUAUGUGGAUACUCUGGGGGUCAGUUUAACUUCAACUGCCAUAUUUCUCUUCAUCGCAACUUCUGCAGUGUUGGGAAUCUUCGUAAAAUAUUGGGACACUCCUAUUGUAAGAGCCAGUAACCGAAAUCUCAGCUGUCUCCUCCUCAUCUCUCUCAUGUUGUGUUUCCUCUGCACUUUAUUGUUCAUUGGGCGCCCAACUAAAAUAUUUUGUCUUGUUCAACAAGUGGCAUUUGGAGUUAUUUUUACGAUUUCUGUUUCUACUGUGUUGGCUAAAACCCUGACAGUUAUUAUUGCUUUCAAUGCCACAAAGCCUGGGAGCAAGCUGAAGAAGUAUGUAGGAACCCAACUGUCCAUUUUAGUUAUCUUUGUAUGUUUUUUGGGUGAGUCUAUAAUCUCUGUUGUAUGGAUGGCCUCCAGUCCUCCAUUUCCAGAUGUUGAUACUUAUUCUGAAGCUGACACCAUUAUCCUACUGUGUAAUCAAGGAUCUAUCAUUUUUAUCUUCUCUAUAAUUGGAUACAUUGGAGCUUUGGCAGUGCUGAGUUUCAUUGCUGCAUUUCUAGCCAAGGAUUUCCCUGACCGAUUUAAUGAGGCUAAAAACAUCACUUUCAGUAUGUUGGUGUUCUGUAGUGUGUGGGUGGCAUUUGUCCCUGCAUACCUGAGCAGUAAGGGGAGUAGAAUGGUGGCUGUUGAGAUAUUUGCCAUCUUGUUCUCUAGUGCAGGCCUACUUACCUGUAUAUUUGCCCCCAAAUGCUACAUUAUUUUUCUUAGACCUGAACUGAACAUAAGAGAGAUUGUUGUCAGAAUUACUAGUUAUUGAUGCAAUCUUUCAUUUUGGUUAAAAAGCAGAGAUUUGCUUGAGGUACUUGAGUGUAGCAGUUAAUUAUACAACACCUAAAGCCAGAUCUCAGUAAAGAAGUCAUUUAUUGUUUUAAACAUGAAACUCUGGAAGUCUUCCUCUAUUUGCACCGAGGGAGUCAUGUUAGUAAAUGCCAAUAACAAUUCAGCAACUAUCUGAGAUAUCACUUAGAGCU